CAACAAUUCAAGUUGUCAUAAGUUAUAGUGACUGAAACUAAUUUCCAAGUUUAGUUAAAAAUCUAUAAUAUCGUGGCCAUGGCAAAUAAGAGCAAUAAGAGUAGCGAGUCCUUGGCCGCGAAAGUCAGAGCAUCUGUGUCCAGUAAAAGGGCGCCAGUCGAUGUUAAGGAAAUGAUUAAGUCUUCCAAUGCGUUUGGGAGAACCAGAACUAGAAGCGGAUAUGCAGAAACAUUAGAUAAAUUGCGCAAAGAAUUUUAUGAAAAAUGGGAAAAAAAUCAGUCUUCGCCCGUUGAUGGUCUGGAGAAUUUCGACCGAUUAAGAACUUUGGGUACUGGUUCUUUUGGAAGAGUAUUUUUAGUUCAACAUAAGCAAAACAAAUCAUAUUACGCAAUGAAAGUAAUAGACAAAAUAAGGAUAAUCAAGCUAAAGCAAAUAGAACACACCCUAUACGAAAAGAAAAUCUUGGAAUCAGCCAAAUUUCCUUUUUUAAUCUCGUUGGAAUUUUCCUUCAAAGAUAACAGUUUUAUUUACCUACUUAUGCCAUUUAUUAAUGGUGGUGAAAUGUUCACCCAUUUAAGAAAGGCUCACAAGUUCGACGAGAAUUUAUCAAAGUUCUAUGCCGCCCAGGUGCUCUUAGCUUUAGAAUUCUUGCACUACUGUGAUGUCAUAUACAGGGAUCUAAAACCAGAGAAUAUUCUAAUAGAUAUGAAAGGAUAUCUGAAGAUUGCUGAUAUGGGAUUUUGUAAGAUUGUUAAAGGUCGUACCUGGACACUCUGUGGUACCCCAGAAUAUAUCGCACCAGAAAUCAUACUCAGUAAAGGAUAUGGUAAAGCUGUGGAUUGGUGGUCUUAUGGAGUUCUCUUAUUCGAAAUGUCUGCUGGAUUUCCUCCCUUUACCUCGAGUGAUCCCAUGAAGGUUUACGAAAAAAUCAUAUCCUGUAAGUACAAGUGCCCACCAUUUUUCACCUUAGAACUCAGCGAUUUGAUCCGAAACUUGCUACAAAUCGAUCUUAGUAGAAGAUACGGGAAUCUGAGAAACGGUACCGCCGACAUUAAAAGCCAUAGAUGGUUCCAUCAUACGAACUUUGAAGGAAUCUACAACAAGCAAAUCGAGCCGCCGUUUAAGCCGAAAACCAAAAACCCGGCUGACACGUCCAACUUUGAUGAUUUUCCCGAUUCGGAUCUCAGAAUUAGCGAACACAAUCUUUAUGAAGAUCAGUUCGAGAAGUUCUGAAAAGCAACAUGUCUUUCGUGACUGUUAUGUGUUCUUUUAUAUGUAUGUGUUGACCGUUGUUGUGUUUGACGUGUUCGAGUCAGUGUUGUCUAUAAUUGGAUAUUGAUCAUUUCAUAAAUGCGAAAGUUUCUAUUAAAAGUACAUUGAGCUUGCAGCCAUUCAAAUAUUAAAUAGAUAUGAAAAGAU